AUGUCUAAAAUACCCAGCCAGCAGGUGCUCAUUGUCGGAAUCGACGCAAUAGCUGUGAGCAACGACUAUAACUAUGCGAGGAUGGGACAACAAUCCGAUCCGUUAGGAAAAUGGUAUUAUCCAGCGAAGAGCACAGGAAUCAUCGACGCCAUCAUCUCACGUGGCAGGGCUCAACGUGAGAUGAUGGCGUUUCAUUUCAACGCCUUAAGAACAGCGCAAGUGGAAGAUGAGUACUCUCUUCAGCUCGACUACGUUCUGACGAGGAACUGA